AGACCAAGAGGCUUCACCUGAGAUCACACUAGCAAGCAGAAGUCACUCAUUUCAUGUGUUGUGAAGCAAUAGCAAGGUUCAGAAAUGCAAGCUGUCUAUGAAGAAAUAAGAUUUGAUCACUGCAAAAUGGACAAUAGUGAAAACUAUCACUCUCCAACAGACAAAGAGGAUGAUGUUUAUGUGAAUACAGAAGACUGUCGCGUAGAGCUGAAAAGAUCAGAUAUCUCUGACCGCACUGAGCUGAAAGACAAGAAGAAACCAGGAAAGAUCUUCAGAUCUGCUUUUGGUCUCCUCCUAAUACUUGGUGUUUUAUUAACACUCUGUGUUGUAGGGAUCCUUUAUCACAACAAAGUGGUUUCAUAUGAGAUAUUAAGUGAGCAGUAUUCUAAUGUUACUGAAACAUUGAUGACGCAGGAACAUAAAGCCAAGGAGAUAGAAAAACUGUAUGAAGCACUGAAGGUGAAGCAUCUCCAAGUUCAGGAAGAUUUCGCUGCAUGCAGUGAAAUUAAAAUCAAUGGACAAUGUGAGGAAGGAUGGAAGUCUCUUGGUUUAAAGUGUUACUACUUCUCCAGUUCUAAACUGAACUGGGAACAGAGUCAAGAUUACUGUGUGGAGAAAGGAGGCCACCUGGUGAUUAUAACCAGCCAAACUGAACAGGAUUUUGUAGUUUCACAAAUUGGAGAAACACACUGGAUUGGAUUGAAUGACUUGGAGACUGAAGGACAGUGGAUGUGGGUGAACAACCAGCCUUUAAAGGAGACAGGUGUAACGUUCUGGUUUAGUGCUCCAAAUCAGCCUGAUAACUGGAAAGCGAUGGAUCCUUCUGGAGAGAACUGUGCUGCUCUGGGGGACGCAGUUGCAACCAAAAACAGUGGACAAUGUGAGGAAGGAUGGAAGUCUCUUGGUUUAAACUGUUACUACUUCUCCACUAAUAAACUGAGCUGGACACAUAGUUGAGAUUACUGUGUGGAUAAAGGAGGCCACCUGGUGAUUAUAACCAGCCAAACUGAACAGGAUUUUGUAGUUUCACAAACUAGAAAAACACACUGGAUUGGAUUGAAUGACUUGGAGACUGAGGGUCAGUGGAUGUGGGUGAACAACCAGCCCUUAAAAGAGACAGGUGUAACGUUCUGGUGAACCUGGGAGACCUGAUGAGCCUGAUAACUGGAAAGAGGAGGACCCUUCUGGAGAGAACUGUGCUACUCUGGGUCAUGAUUUCUCUGACACAGAUAAAUGCUUUGAUGCUUCUUGUCUUAAGCAGAAACUAUUUAUCUGUGAAAAAUUAA